GAGGCCGCGCCCCGCCCCCCCGCUCACGAAGCUUCGUCACUUCCGGCGUGUGCGUGUGGCGUCCGCCGGCCGUGGGAUGGCGGCUCUGAGGAGUUGGCUGUCGCGGAGCGUCUCCUCCUUCUUCAGAUACAGACGCAGUGUCCCUGUCGAGGCCAGCUUCAGGAGGCGCUGUUUCUCGGAGUUGGUAAGACCAUGGCACAAGACGGUGGCCGUGGGAGUCGGUGUGACCCUGUGUGCGGUUCCCAUCGCGCAGAAAUCAGAGCCUCAUGCUCUCAGUAACGACGCACUAAUGAGGAGGGCUGUGUCUCUGGUAACAGAUAGCACCUCCACCUUUCUCUCUCAGACCACGUAUGCGUUGAUUGAAGCCAUCACAGAGUAUACUAAGGCUGUUUAUACCUUAGUUUCUCUGUACCGACAAUAUACAAGUUUACUCGGGAAAAUGAAUUCACAGGAGGAAGAUGAAGUGUGGCAGGUGAUCAUAGGAGCCAGAGUUGAGAUGACUUCAAAACAGCAAGAGUACCUGAGGUUGGAGAGUACCUGGAUGACUGCAGUUAGUCUUUCAGAGAUGGCGGCGGAAGCGGCAUACCACACCGGAGCAGAUCAGGCCUCUAUAACGGCCAGGAAUCACAUUCAGCUGGUGAAGUCGCAGGUGCAGGAAGUGCGCCAGCUCUCCCAGAAAGCAGAAACCAAGUUGGCAGAAGCACAGACAGAAGAACUCCGUCAGAAAACACAGGAGGCGGAUGACAGGGCUGAGCCGGAACAGGAGGCCUACCUGCGUGAGGAUUGAGGGCCUGAGCCGCUGCCCACGUCUGCCCACUCAGCCUGGGGUCGGCACGGCUUUCUCUGCAGAGAGGAGGCGCAGGUCCUGCCUUGGCCCAUCAGGCCAGAGGCAUUUUGUGAGCUGUGAGUGCCUGACCCCCUGAACCCUGGUCUCAAUCUUGUACUGGACCUGGUUCUUAGUCCGGGGCACUGCAACCUGUUUACCGUUGCACCCCACUCAGCACAGCUGCCCUCUCACCCACCCACCGAUUGUUUUACUUCCUGCCCAGAGCAUCUCACCAACCUGGCCAGAGUCCUUUUCUGUCAUGCCCACAAGUUCAGUAGCUGUUUUAACCUCAUUUCCAAACUUAUUCAAAUAGGAGUUAUUAGUAUUUGCUCCCUCCAUAGGGAUGUGAGUUUUGGGGGCGAGAGGAGCCUGUUCUCUUUGUAAGAUUUCUUUUUAAGUGUUUCUAAUGCCUUCUCUGACCUGGCCCCCUGGCCCUGCAAGGACAGCCCAGGCCAAGCAGCCAAAAGUCCAUUCAUUAUUCUUAAGGGACUGAAUGCAGAGUGUUUACCUGGUACUUUCAACAGGACUUACUCCAACACCUGCUUCCUGUGUCCUCCUUUCCUUCGAGUUUCUCUAUUGUAUCUGAAGGAGAAUAAUUUUUUUUGCAUUUAAAAAUGAAAAUGUGUGUGUUU